CCGCCGCGCCGCUCGGGGACGCCCGGGGCCGCCACCGCUCAGGGCCGAGGCGAUCGCCCGACGCGCGAGCCCCUCUCUCGCUCUCCGCUCCCCCCACCCCCGCUGGAGGAGUCAAAUCCGGCUUUCAAAGCGAGGGGAGGGUGGGGAUAUCCGGUGCCUCUCCCGCGCCAGGAGGAGGGGGAGGGCGGAGAGGAUCCUUGGCCAGUCUGCGCCAGCAGAUUCAAACCAAAACAAAAAGAUUAAAGGAGCAAGGGCUGGGGCGGACGCGAUCGCCGGCCGGGACCCGGGCGGGCGCGCCCGGCUUCCACUAGGGCUGAGCGACUGGCGAGAGCUGCGCGCGGCGGGGCCGGGGGCCCCGACCGGCGGUGGCGGCAGCGCAGACUGCGGGCCGAGGCGAGGGCGGGCCAUGCUGCGCCUGGCGCCCGCCGGCGCCCGAAGCAUCGUGGACAUGUCUUACUCCCGCCACUUCCUGGACUUCCAGGGCUCCGCCAUCCCCCGAACCAUGCAGAAGCUGGUAGUGACCCGGCUGAGUCCUAACUUCCGCGACGCAGUCACCCUGCGCCGGGACUGCCCGGUGCCGCUCCCUGGGGACCGAGACCUUCUCGUCCGAAACCGAUUUGUUGGUAUUAAUGCAUCUGACAUCAACUAUUCAGCUGGCCGCUAUGACCCAUCGGUGAAGCCCCCCUUUGACAUAGGUUUUGAGGGAAUCGGUGAGGUGGUAGCCUUAGGCCUCUCUGCCAGUGCCAGAUACACUGUGGGCCAGGCUGUGGCUUACAUGGCCCCUGGUUCCUUCGCUGAGUACACAGUUGUGCCUGCCAACCAUGCGACUCCAGUGCCCUCAGUGAAACCAGAGUAUCUUACCCUGCUGGUAAGUGGCACCACUGCAUACAUCAGCCUGAAAGAGCUUGGAGAGCUGUCAGAAGGGAAGAAAGUUCUGGUGACAGCAGCAGCUGGGGGGACGGGCCAGUUUGCUGUGCAGCUCUCAAAGAAGGCAAAGUGCCAUGUAAUUGGAACCUGUUCUUCUGAUGAAAAGACUGCUUUCCUGAAAUCUAUCGGAUGUGACCGUCCCAUCAACUACAAAACGGAGCCUGUUGGAACUGUCCUGAAAUCCGAGUACCCAGAAGGUGUCGAUGUGGUCUAUGAAUCUGUCGGGGGAGCCAUGUUUGACUUGGCUGUAGACGCUUUGGCUACCAAAGGGCGCUUGAUAGUAAUUGGGUUUAUCUCUGGCUACCAGAGUCCUACUGGCCUUUCGCCUGUGAAAGCAGGAACUUUGCCAGUCAAACUGCUGAAGAAAUCUGCCAGCAUCCGUGGCUUUUUCCUGAACCAUUACCUCUCCCAGUAUCAGGCAGCCAUGGAGCACUUGCUCAAGCUGUGUGCCAGUGGGGACCUGGCGUGCGAAGUGGACCUGGGUGACCUGUCUCCAGAGGGCAGGUUUACUGGCCUGAACUCCAUAUUCCGGGCUGUCGAUUAUAUGUACAUGGGAAAAAACACUGGAAAAAUUGUAGUUGAAUUACCUCACUCUGUCAACAGUAAGCUGUAAAAACAGAACAGUGACAUAAAUCAAAGGAGAAAGAAAGCGAGUACUUUAUGCCUCAGAAUUACUCAAAUCAAUUUAUUUUAGUUGGUAGUGGAUAUAAUAUUUUUUAAAACAACAGUAAGGUGUUAUGAAUGUAGAUGUCUCCCUCCCCUGUUGGACAAAAAAAAGUGCCAAUAAAAGUUCCUUCCAUGGCUAAGAGGUAAAACAUUUA